AAAGGAGUGUUGGCCGUCAUGGCAACUGAGUUAAAUGUUUUUAAGACAACAAGAUGACUUCAAAUCCCUUUCUUUUACCGAAAUUUGAAAAUAUAUUUGAGUUGAGAGAUACAAAAAAGGAAGAAAGACUUAAGAGGACAAAAGAACUUGCAAAGUUGAAAGUUUAUCAAAAGAUUCAACUUCAUAAGAAAAACAAAUCAAGAAGGUCAAUUCUGAAUGAAUUAAAACCCGUAAACGAAACGAAUACCUCGGAUGCCAAUAAUGUGGCGUUUAUAUUGCAGAAGACAAAAAGGCAGUUUACUGACAGAGAAACUAGAGACCAGUUUAUUGCUAAUAGAAGAGAAAUGUUUUUUCUAGAGUACCUUAUUGCAGUACAACGCUCAGAGCUAAAAAGGCUGGAAGAAUUGGCAUCACAUGAAGAUCUCAAGCUUGAGCUUGCAGAGCAAUGUUUGGAACAAGACGCGGCCCUUUUUGACGAGUUCCUCAAGGAAAACGACAAAAGUUCCGUGGAAGCAGUGGCUAAGGGCCUUUGUUUCAGUGUACCCUUAAGGGACAUAAUUGCAAUUAUGUCGCAUGCGUCCACAUUAUGUAGUGGUAAACAGAAUUAAUUUCCCUCCACAACUCUAAAUUAACUUUAUUGUGUAAUGAAUAGUCAUUGUGGAGUGAUUAAAGUCACCGCAUUUUAAUUAGUGUGGCAGUACUAUCAGAGCAAAGUACUAUGUAAAUUAAUUGUGCGGAUUUAUAUUAUCGAUAGAUAUCAAUUUCAUUGCUCUCUGACUUUCUAUUAUUAACUUUGGAUGUGUACCUAAAAGUGGUCUUUUUCUAGCUACCUUUUGAGUUUACGCUUUUUGUCAAAGGUGUAGUUCCUGACGUUCUGGACAUUUCAGAUCUGGACCCAACGCAACUUUGAUUAUUUUAAAUGGUGUUUUUACUACACACUAAUAUCUACUAGAACACUUAUGACAGUCAAAAAACACUAGAUAUCUGUGUUUUACCAGCUUUGAGACUUCUUAACAGUGGCAUACACAUCUUCAAGUGGGAUCAAGCUGGAAAAUUUCAAGCUUUACUAAAACCAAUAACUUUAAUUCAUCUCUUUGCAAAUUUUGUCCAAAAAUUGUUCAAUACCGCCCAAAACUACUCAUAAAAUAUGGUUUACUCAUAUUAUCCCUAAUUCUCUUUCUCUUUUAGCAUUUCAUAGUACGGAGAGUGUGAAAGUUGGGGAAGAUGUGGCUAUGAUAUAAAUUUUCCGAUCUAAUUUUCACAAACAUUUUAUUUUUAAAUUCCAAAGACAUUGAUCAGAAAGUCAAAAUGUUACUCCUAUUCAUGUAUAUAAACAGAAGACUAAUGGUAUCCGACGGAUACUUUUAAGGGGCAAAUAAAGCACUUAGCGAUGGUAGUACUUAACUCAAGGAAUACAUUUUUAGUGAAUUAUUUUCUAAUACAGUCACUUUGUGCCUUUAUUUCUGCCUUUACCUGUUAGGUAAUCAAAGUAACUAGUGUUUGUAACUAAUAUGUCCAUACGUGGCUAAUAUAAAGGAUUUCGACAUUAAAUCUUGUCUAGUGGAACUAGAGGCUUGUUCAAAACUCCAUAGUUUUUCUGCAAAUAUACUUAAUUUCCUGAAGAGAUAUAAAAGAAUUUACCUGUGUAC